GUCCGAGAGAGUCUGCAGGAGAGCAGAGUCAAUGAGAGGUUUCUGAGGAGUCCCGAUCUGCUGAAAACCCAGAGAACAGCUACCACCUUCACAACAACCAUGGGAGAGAAUGCUGAUGUUGACCAGGUCAUGGAGAGUCUGCUUCAGCUGAGAUGUCACUUCACAUGGAGGCUGCUCUUUGAAGACAUUGACAUACCUGAUUUGGAAGUGAGAAUCUCAGAGCAGGUCCAGUUCCUUGACAUCAAAAACCCAUUGGGGAUGCACAACCUCCUGGCCUACGUGAGGCACCUGAAAGGCCAGCAGGAGGAAGCCCUGCAGAGCUUGAAAGAAGCUGAAGCCUUGAUCCAGAGAGAGCAGUUGGGCAAGAGAAGCCUGGUGACCUGGGGCAACUGUGCCUGGGUGCAUUACCACAGGGGCAGCUUGGAUGAAGCCCAGAUCUACCUGGACAAGGUGGAGAAGGUUUGCAAGGAAUUUGCAAGUCCCUUCCGCUACAGGAUAGAGUGUGCUGAGAUGGACUGUGAGGAAGGCUGGGCCUUGCUGAAGUGUGGAGGAAAAAAUUAUAAACGAGCCCUGGCCUGCUUUGCAAGGGCUCUGGAAGAGGAGCCUGACAACCCUGAGUUCAACACUGGCUAUGCAGUCGUAGCCUAUCGCCUGGAUUUAGAUGACAACUAUAUUUCUCUAGAACCUCUACGGAAGGCUGUCAGGUUAAGUCCAGAAGAUCCACACAUUAAAGUUCUCCUUGCCCUAAAGCUUCAGGAUUUAGGAGAAUACGUCGAAGCAGAAACACACAUUGAAGAAGCCCUCAGCAGCACAUCUUGCCAAAGCUAUGUCUUUCGCUAUGCAGCUAAAUAUUUCCGUAGGAAAGGUUGCAUAGACAAAGCCCUUCAUCUUCUACAUAGGGCCUUGCAGGGAUCACCUUCCUCUGGCUACCUACAUUACCAAAAAGGGCUCUGCUACAAGCAAAAAAUGUUCCAACUGAAGACAUCCAGAAACAGGCAGCCGGGAAGGCAGGGCAGUGUGCAGGAAUUGGCACAACAGGCCAUUUGUGAAUUUCAAGAGACUUUGAAACUGAGGCCCACAUUUGAGAUGGCUUAUGUUUGCAUGGCCGAAGUGCAGGCAGAACUUCACCAGUAUGAAGAAGCAGAGGAAAAUUUCCAGAAGGCACUGAACAUCGACAGCCUUGUGGCUCACAUAAAGCAGGAUAUUCACUUCCGCUAUGGCCGUUUCCAACAGUUUCAUAAGAAGUCAGAAGACAAGGCAAUCACCCAUUACUUAAAAGGUCUAAAAGUAGAAGAGAAGUCCUUUGCCUGGAGGAAACUACUCACGGCUUUGGAGAAAGUGGCUGAAAGACGUGUUUACCAGAAUGUCCAUCUUGUGGAGAGCACCAGCCUUCUUGGGCUAGUCUACAAACUGAAAGGGCAAGAGAUAAAGGCCCUGCUUUACUAUGAGAAGGCCCUGAGGCUCUCUGGGGAAAUGAACCCUGCAUUUUGAACGCAGUCCACCUCUCUGAAGUUAAUACACUCACAACCUAGUGUUCCAGUGCUCUUUCCUGGUUUCUUUUUCCAAGUCGGUUUGCUGGAAUGUCAAGUAGCUAAACACAUUUUCUUCUGCAACUUCUUUCUGGUCUCUCAUGAUCCUGUCUAGAAGGCAGGAUCCAUUCCUUCCAUCCCUAGGAUACCUACUCACUUAAAUCUCAGGACUGAUUCCUGCUGUUCUGGACUCCUGUGAACUGUAGAAUCGCAGAAACGUUUUCCUUAUUUUUGUGCCUUUGGAAUAGAUAUCUUCCACCCUUUGCCUGCCAGUGUCCUAGACGAGAAAGUCUUUGCCAAAGAAGGUACUUUUUUAUGUCACAAGAAAUGCUUAUUACCAUACAAUUUCAGAGUAAAACAAAUGAGCAAAGAAGAAAGUUUGAAAGCAAAAGAGGUCACAUAUUACUAGAAAGACAUAAGAAACAAGAAGACUUUUGGCUUACUAGAGAAUUAAAAUGAAAACCCCCCUUAGGUAGUAAAGUCUGAAAAUUACAUAAGUAACUUCUUUCAACAUUUGUAUGCUAAAAAUAUUCACUGAAAGUGACUAAAAUAAGGCAGUGGUGGCACACGCCUUUAAUCCCAGCACUUGGGAGGCAGAGGCAGGCGGAUUUCUGAGUUCAAGGCCAGCCUGGUCUACAUCGUGAGUUCCAGGACAGCCAGGACUACACGAGAAACCCUAUCUC